CACUUUCAAGAAUCAUGGAACUAUCAAACAACGUUGCUUUUGAGAUAUUUUCAUGGCUACCAGCAAAGAGUAUUUGCAAAUUGAAAUUAACUUGUGAGUCAUUCUCCGAGUUUUCAAAAGAAAGCACUUUUAAAACGAAGCAAGCUCAUAAUUUGUUUGGGAGAGAUGACACGUGCUUCUUCAUUCAACCCGAGCAAACAAGACAAGGGUUUGAAAAAAGAGUUGAGUUACAUUCUUUACCUAAAGAGCAACAAUCUUCCGGUAUCCCUAAGAAUGUUCUUACAUUCCUAUCAAAUUCAGCUUGUGUCUUAGCUUCUAGUAAUGGUUUGGUUCUUUGCCACACCAUUAAUAACAACGACAAACUUGAGUUGUUCGUAUGUAACCCAAUAACAAAGUCUUGGUCUUUCAUUCCUACCCCAGAAUCGCUGCAAAUAAACUAUAGUAAUUUUGCUAAUAUCAAUCUUAUGUUAGAUUGCUCUCGUGACUCCCCAGAUGAUUUCUUGGUGUUUCUUUUUGAAAACACAAUGGAUUACUACUUUUCACCGAAGACUAGUUAUAUAUGCAAAGUUUACCAUGGCAAGGAAGGUGUAUGGAAAACAAUGGAAAGACGUUUUUUUCCAGGCGGAAGAAACAUGAACUUUGACAUGCCCGUGUUUCAUAAUGGGGCCGUUCAUAUUAUCUCGGAUAGCGGUGAUUAUUUUGGAAAAUCAAGUCCUUUUUAUAAGCCAUAUAUUAUGUCUUAUAAUCUAGAAGAUGGAACUUCAACUAUGCUUGAAUUGCCAAGAGAAGCUACGAAAGAUUGUCCUGCCAUAUGGUGUAACAUGGGCAUAUUCAAUUGGGGUAAAGUGACAAGUUAUUCUAAUCAUCGUUCCAUUUGUUUAGUCAAGUUAAGCAAGUCUGCUUUUACUAUUUGGGUUUUAAAAGAUUAUGAGUCAGCUUCAUGGAAGAAGGUUUUUAAAGUGAGAGUGAAAGAUUUGGGUUUAAAGGAGGAGAAAGAUGUUGAUGUUGAGAGAGUUGGGUUUACUGUCAUGAAUGGCGGCGAUCUUUUGGUUUUUUCUACCGAAAAUAAGAUUUAUAGUUGUCGAUUGGACGAUGAAAGAUUUAAGAUGGUCGAAGAAAUAUGCAAACACAAUUGUGGACCGAACCCACGCUUUAUCUCAUACUCGGAUACUCUUCGUUCAUGUGGGAUUAAUGCUCAAACUAUGCCUUAAUUUGUUAAGAAAUUAUGUUGCUGUACUGUCAAGUAAAAAAAAUCAAUGGAGAUCAACCACUGCAGCUGCUACAGACCACAGUUAUAUAUGCUGUCAAGUUUAUUAGAUUCUUAUUAUG